AUGGCUCCACUAAAGGUGCACGGACCUGUCCGGAUGCGCAGCAUGCAGACUGGGAUUACAAAAUGGAAAGAAGGGAGCUUUGAAAUUGUGGAGAAGGACAACAAAGUGAGUCUAGUGGUUCACUACAAUGUUGGAGGAAUUCCAAAGACAUUUCAGCUAAGCCAUAACAUUAAAACUGUGACCUUACGACCAAAUGGUAGAAAACUGUGCUGUUUGAUGCUAACACUAAAGGAUACCAGCUUCCUGACAAUUGAUAAGGUACCAUUUAAAGAUGCAAAUGAAAUGCGGAUGUAUUUGGAUGCGGUCCAUCAAGACAGGGUUCAUACUGCUGGGAAACCCUCUCAGGGAUCUGGCAGCUUUGGAGGUGUGCUGGGCAGCAGGACCACACAGAAGGAAGCUAAUAGGCAAUUCUCUUAUAUAGAGAACCAGACUCCUCCCAAAAGAGUGGCUGUGGAAAGCAAGGAGGAAAAUUCGUUUCGCAAGGUGCUGGGUACCCCAGCGAGAGCAUCUGUUAAGAAUUCCACUGGAACUGGAACAUCUAGCAACAGGGUGAACAUUUCGGCAUCUCCUGUGUCAGUCCCUCACAGAACGGGCUUGUUGGAGAAUCGUGAAAAGAGGAAAAGAACACAACCUCCUGGUUCAGAAAUGAGUGAAGAUUAUCCGAAAGAGAAUGAUUCUUCAACGAAUAAUAAAGCCUUGAGUGAUCCAGCGUGGAAGUACUUGAACAGUAGCAGAGAGAAACAGCUGAAUCUGAAGCAGGCAGAGGAAAAUAGAACAUCAGGCAUUUUACCACUGCAGUCAUCAUCCUUUUAUGGUGGUCGGUCCUCAUCAAAAGAGUAUUCCACUGGCAGUUCCACCCUGGACAGGUCUAGUGUAUCCAGCCAGACUCCUUCAGCCAAAAGAAGCCUAGGAUUUCUUUCUCAGCCUGCCCCUCUUUCUGUUAAAAAAAUGAGAUCUAAUCAAGAUUACACAGGGUGGAACAAACCCCGAGUGCCCCUUUCCACCCAUCCUCAACAACAAUUACAAGGAUUUUCAAACUUGGGAAACACCUGCUAUAUGAAUGCCAUUCUACAGUCCUUGUUUUCAAUUCAGUCUUUUGCUAAUGAUUUGCUCAAGCAGGGUAUCCCAUGGAAAAAAAUUCCACUCAAUGCACUCAUCAGACGUUUUGCCCAUCUGCUUGCUAAAAAGGAUGUCUGCAGCCCUGAGGUUAAGAAAGAGCUGCUCAAGAAGGUGAAAAGUGCCAUUUCAGCUACUGCAGAGAGAUUUUCUGGGUACAUGCAGAACGAUGCACAUGAGUUCUUGAGCCAGUGUCUGGAUCAGCUGAAGGAGGACAUGGAAAAGUUAAACAAAACUUGGAAGAGUGAGCCAGUCGCUAAUGAGGAUAACUCCCCUGGACGGGCUUCUGAUGACCUCUCAGCCACCAAAGUUUAUACCUGUCCAGUUAUCAGUAACUUAGAGUUUGAGGUUCAGCAUUCUAUCAUUUGCAAAACGUGUGGUGAAACAGUCACUAAGCGAGAACAGUUUAAUGACCUCUCCAUUGACCUUCCUCGAAGAAAGAAAUUGCUUCCUUCCCGAUCGAUCCAGGAUUCCCUUGACCUCUUUUUUCGGGCAGAGGAGAUUGAGUAUUCCUGUGAGAAGUGCAAUGGAAAGUCUGCUGUUGUCACACACAAGUUCAACAGGCUUCCCAGGGUCCUGAUUCUUCAUCUGAAACGAUACAGCUUCAAUGUAGCAUUGUCUCUCAAUCAUAAAGUUGGGCAGCAGGUGGUUAUUCCAAGAUACUUAACCCUGCUUUCACACUGUACAGAAAGUACUAGGCUGCCGCUGACGCUGGGAUGGAGCGUCCAUUCUGCAAUUUCCCGUCCAUUGAAAGCCUCCCAAAUGGUGAAUUCCUGUACUAUAAGCACUUCCACACCUUGUAGAAAAUACACUUUCAAGUCAAAGAGCUCUGCAGCGCUCUAUGUAGAUUCUGACAGUGAUGAUGAGCCGUUGAAACGUUCUGUUGCCCAUAGCCAAAGGUUAUGUAAUAUACAGAGUAGAGAUCAGCAACAGCUGCAAGAAGAGCCGGAAAAGGGUUCAAAAAGAAGCAAAAUGGAGGGUGAUAAACCUGAUCUGGGUAAUGCUAGUUUUGAUGGGAUGAGCGAAGAUGAGCUGCUAGCAGCUGUCUUAGAGAUUAGCAAAAGGGAAGCUUCUCUGUCUCUGAGCCAUGAUGAAGAUAAGCCCACAAGCAGCCCAGACACUGGUUUUGGAGACGAUGAAAUUCAGGAAUUGCCGGAAAACCUGGAAUCUAUGGAGAUGGAGAAACCCAAAGCUGCAUUAGACUCAGGUCCUGCCAAUUUCACCGAGAUAACUAAAGAUUUUGAUGAGAAUAAGGAAAACAAAACUCCAGAAGGCUCCCAGGGGGAGGUUGACUGGCUGCAGCAGUACGAUAUGGAGAGAGAGAGGGAAGAACAAGAACUUCAGCAGGCACUGGCUCAAAGCCUUCAAGAGCAAGAGGCACGAGAACAAAAAGAGGAUGAUGACCUUAAACGAGCCACGGAAUUAAGCCUACAAGAGUUUAACAGCUCUCUCCUGGACAGCAUUGGUUCCGAUGAAGACUCUGGGAAUGAGGAUGUUCUUGACAUGGAGUAUUCAGAAGCUGAAGCAGAAGAGCUGAAAAGAAAUGCUGAGACAGGAGAGCUUCCUCACUCUUACCGUCUCAUCAGCAUCGUCAGCCAUAUCGGAAGCACAUCAUCUUCAGGUCAUUAUAUCAGUGAUGUCUAUGAUAUCAAGAAGCAGUCCUGGUUCACCUACAAUGAUCUGGAAGUGUCUAGAACUCUAGAGGCCACCGUUCAGUGUGACAGAGACCGAAGUGGCUAUAUCUUCUUCUACAUGCACAAGGAUAUCUUCGAUGAGCUACUAGAAACAGAAAAAAAUGCACAGCCACUUAGCAUGGAAGUUGGAAGAUCGGUUCGUCAGUCUCUGUGAAAAGUAAAAACACCUUGUUCCUCCUGAGGAGCAAGGAGGAUUCUGAACUUAUGCCAGACACGCAGGAGCAGCAAACAGCUCAGGGCCAAAACAAGAGACAAAAGGUAG